AUGGCCCCUCAAAAGCUAGAUCACCACGCCAUGCAUAUGGAGACGGCCAUGCCUGCAUAUGACGGCCGAGGCGUGUUGCGUAUCGACCAAGUUGUUAGCUCUGACACAUAUGGGGAAUCACCUGUUCGAUUCGACCCAGCCGCCGAAAGGAAGCUUCGGCUCAAGAUCGACCUAUACAUCGUUCCAACCGUGGCUGUGCUGUACCUCUUUUGCUUCAUCGAUCGGACAAACAUGGGCAACGCAAAAAUCGCAGGCCUAGAGGCCGAACUAGGCUUUACGGGCUACAACUACAAUGAAAUCAUCUCCAUCUUCUACAUUUCGUAUGUUCUUUUCGAGAUUCCCGCCAAUCUUCUUUGCAAGUACGUGGGACCUGGCUGGUUUCUUCCCGUCGCCACUGUGCUGUUCGGGAUAGCCUCUCUCACCACGGCCUACGUCCACAACUACGCCCAGAUGGCAGGCGUCCGGUUCCUCCUGGGCGUCUUUGAGGCCGGCAUGCUACCGGGCUGCGCCUACUACCUGUCGAGGUGGUACCGCCGGUCCGAGCUGGCAUUCCGCCUGGCGCUCUACAUCAUCACCGCGCCCCUGGCCGGAGCGUUUGGCGGCCUCCUCGCCUCGGCCAUCCUGCGGCUGGACCGCUUCGGCGGCCUGCACGAGUGGCGCAUGAUAUUCGCCAUAGAGGGCAUCAUCACCAUUGGCGUCGGCCUCGUUGCGCUCCUGAUCCUCACAGACAGGCCAGAGACGGCGCGCUGGCUGACGCCCGAGGAGAAGGAGAUGGCCGUCGCUCGCGUCAAGUCGGAGCGGGUCGGCCAAACCGUCGUGCUGGACAAGAUGGACACCAAGAAGCUCGUUCGCGGAAUCUUCAGCCCCGUGACCCUCAGCACCUCACUCGUCUUCCUCCUCAACAACGUCACCGUCCAAGGGUUCGCCUUCUUUCUCCCGACCAUUGUCAGGACGAUUUUCGGAUCCAAGACCACCAUCCAGCAGCAGCUGCUCGUCGCGCCGCCCUACCUGGUGGGGGUCGUGUUCAUGAUUCCCUUCCCCCUCAUGAGCUGGAGGAUGGACAGGCGGCAGGUUUUCCUCACGCUGUCGGCGCCGUUGGUCAUGGUCGGGUACUGCAUGUUCCUGGGAUCCACGCAGCCGUCGGUGCGGUACGCGGCCACCUUUGUCAUUGCCAUGUCCACCUUCUCCAACGGCGCCAUCACCAACGCCCAGGUAUCUGCCAAUGUUGCCAGCGACACGGCUCGGAGCGCAGCCAUCGGGACCAACGUCAUGUUUGGCAACCUCGGCGGUCUGAUCAGCAGCUGGGCGUUCCUGCCGUGGGACGCUCCGAAUUAUCACAUCGGCAACGGCCUGAACCUGGCUGCCGCGGGCACGUUGUUCGUCGUCGCGCUGCUGACGCACCUGUGGAUGAACUUUGACAACAAGAGACGCGCGGGGCGAGAUGUCGACGAGGAGCUAAAGGGCCUGUCGCAGCAGGAAAUUGAGGAUCUGGACUGGAAACACCCGGCUUUCCGGUGGAGACCCUGA